AACUGUUGGUAGAGCUGUUCGCCCAAUGCGGUGAACUGCUGCGUUAAAAAGAAACGCACAGCUCACUUUAUUUUUGGGCGAGUUACUCUCCUUUUUGGGCGAGCAACUCUCCUUUUUGAUAGAGCUGCUGACCUUUUUGUCAAGCAGCCGCUCGCCAACGCCAUUGGUAGUCAAGUUUAGGAGAGCAACUCGCCUAAUUUUGAUAGAGCUGUGAGUUUAAAGUUAAGUAGCGCUGCACAACAGUCAAUAGCGGAACUGCUCUACCAACAGUUUUUCAGUGUAGAAAUACUACAAAAAAAAGAGAAUCAUGGGAAGAAAUUUCCAAGACUAUGAUUGCAAUGACGGGGAGCAAAAAGUAUACAGUUCCAAAAGUUCAAAAAAUUUGGGCAGAUUUGAAAUCCGAUUUUGAUGAGCAACGAGAAAGAAACAAAAAGUAUACUCCUUCAGGAUCAGAGGCUCCAGAUGAAUAUCCUCCAUUUGUUUAUUAUAAAGCUAUGAAUUUUUUGGAAAAGUCUUCUGAUUAUCGUGAAAUAAUAUCUAGUCAACAUAAGAGGACAGUGAGCAGAGAUCAAUCGGACAGUGAUGAAGAUGAUGAUAAUGAUAACAAUAGAAAUAAUCAGUUUGAUAAUUGUAAUUUUGAAGAUAUUGAAAAUAAUAAUGAUGAUAGCAGCAAUGUUCAACCGAUUAUUGAAUCAGAAGAAGAAUCUGAAAAUACUCCUGGUCUAUCUCAGGUUGAAGAUCGUCUUCGUAGAUAUGAAGAAGAAAACGACCUUUUCAUUUGUUUUGAAGAUAUGUUUAAUUGCAUCUCGAAGAAAAACCAGCCAAUGUGUUUUUUUACAAUUAAAAAUAUAAUUAUUCAGAAAAGGCAACAGCGAAUAACAUAA